AUGAGAGCAGCAAAUCUCGGCGCGCCAUGGCUCUUCAGCGCAGCGCUGCUCGCGUUGCUGCUGCUCGCAGGCACGGCGCACGCCUCGCUGGGUGACCGUCUGCCAGACUUCAAGGACUGCGUAAAGGUCUGCACCGAAACCAACUGUGAAGCGCCAGAGCCGCCUGCCAUCCCUCUCCGCCACCGGCUCCUGCUCUGGGACUGCCCGUCAGAAUGCGACUACACCUGCCAGCACAUCGUGACGGACAAGCGGCUGUCGCGGGACCCGCCGUACCGGUCGCCGGUGCUGCAGUUCCACGGCAAGUGGCCGUUCCACCGCUUCAUGGGCAUGCAGGAGCCGUUCUCGGUCCUCUUCUCGCUGCUCAACUACCUCGCGCACGCGUGGGGCAUCUCGACGCUGCGCGCGCGCAUCCCCGACACGUACCCGCUGCGCCGCUACUACCUCGUCUUCGGCUACUUCGGCCUCAACGCCUGGACCUGGUCCAUGGUCUUCCACACGCGCGACUUCGGCUUCACCGAGAAGAUGGACUACUUCGGCGCCGGCGCCUCGGUGCUCUACGGCCUGUACUACACGCCCAUCCGCAUCUGGCGCUGGGACCGCGCCGACGCGCCCUACCCGUCCGUCCGCCGCGCCUGGACCGGCGUCUGCCUGGCCCUCUACGCCGCCCACGUCGCGUACCUGACCCUGUGGCGCUGGGACUACACCUACAACAUGGCCGCCAACGUCGCCGUCGGCAUCGUGCACAACCUGCUGUGGUCGUGGUUCGCCAUCGAGCGCUACCGCCGCCUCAAGCGCACCUGGGCCGCCUGGCCCGGUAUGAUCGUCGCGUGGAUCAUCAUGGCCAUGAGUCUCGAGCUGUUGGAUUUCCCGCCCUGGAAGGGCGUCAUCGACGCGCAUAGCUUGUGGCAUCUCGGCACCGUGCUGCCUACCAUCUGGUGGUACAUGUUCUUGAUCAAGGACGCUGAGGAGGACUUGCAUGGCGCAAGGCUGAAGGCCUGA